AUGAACAUGUUCAGGCAGGCUGUACGUAGUUUCGUGAGGUACCAAUCAACUACAUCAUUAAAUCCUAAAAUUCUUCCAUUCAAUGCCAAGGAGACUCCAAUCCCAAAAUGUGUGGAAGCUGUGUACCAUGCACCAUUGAAGAUCGAACCAACACACCGUGAUUUGAUAGCUGAUAUCCAAUUACGUUCAUAUGAUAAUGAAAAUCUAGACUUUUUCUCCAGUUUUGUUCUAAGAGCUGGUUAUUAUUUAGGAAUUCCAAUGAAAGGGCCAAAACCACUACCAACAAAGAGAAAACGUUGGACUGUUAUCAGAGCUCCAUUCGUGAUGGCUAAGUCGAAGGAGAACUUUGAAAGACAUACACAUGCUAGGUUAAUCCGUCUAUACGAUUGUAACACCGAAUUGGUAGAAACUUUAUUAUCAUAUAUUUCCAAGCACGGUAUCAGUGGUGUUGGUAUCAAAUGUAACUUAUAUCAAAGAGAACCUAUAGAUUUGGACAGUAAAAAAGACGGCCCGGAGUUGGAGAAUAUUGAUAUCUCGUCCCAACUUCAAGGUCUGGAUGACGUUGUUGGUGCUAAGGUUGUUGAAUUAUUGAACAAUCCAGAAUUCAAAAAACAUUUGCAAUAA